CAGAGCAACAAGGCCCUGGAGAAAUCGAUGGAGAGCUGCAGAGCGGUGUCAUCGAGGGAAGCCACAGAAAAUGCGGAGACUGAAAAAGGAAAGGGAGUAAGAGAAUGACAGCAUAAUGGGGGAGUGGGUUGCCAGAGGCGAGAGAUGCAUCAAAUCUGAAGGAUGGGGUGAGGAGACAAGGGCGGCUUUCAGAAAGCGGUGCAGGAGCGGGGCUGCUCCGGGCAGCGAGGUGCCGCUGCCUGGCGGGAGGCUGCUGCCGUCCCCACGCCGUGACCGGGGCUUGGGCUCCUGGAGGGCGUUAUUUAUGGCAGCAGCCACUCGGGCAGGGAAAGUUUGCUCAAGCUGUCAUUUGUGUGAGCCAGAGAGCUGGAGUCUGGCUCUCCCUCCCUCCCGCUCUUGCUUUCUUCGGAUUUUCACUGUAAUUAGCACGCUUUACAUGAGCUGGGUCAUGGCUGGCAGCUUUCUUUAGAAGGCUGUGUUCUCCAGGCAGGAAUAAGGAAACAUUUUUUUCUUCUGGGAGUACUUAGCUCAAUCCUUUGUUUUAUUCCAAGGGCUGUUCUCGUGCACUGAGGUGGAAGCCAUGAGAAGGGAGGGGCAGAACCACGGAUUUCUUCUGAAGUUGCAGCGACAAACGCCCACAUCUGAGAGUUCAGUCCGGCUUUCGAGGUUCCCUGUGAGCUUAGGUGCAGCAGGGAAGGCUUUGAGAGAUUCUCACCUGUGUGACUGGGGCUGGUUUAGGGUGAGGAGAGCACGUUACUCGACAUAAAGCCGUUCUGCUGUCACCUACCUCGAAAGUGCCUUUCCUUUAACGUCUGAAAGGCUUCUGAGUCCGCAGGCGACAGACGGGGAGCAGCAGAGGGUCAGCGUUCGGAUACGAGCGCUGAACGGGCUGCCUUUGCGUGGCAGCCGCCGGCAGCGCUCUGGUGUCCCGCUGGGAGGUCUCUUACAGCACGUGUACCAAGCGAUAUGGCGGGCGUUGCCCGAGGCAAGGAAACUUCUGAGCUGCAAAUCACAGCUCUGCUAUAGGAUUUUAACAAAUACGAUGUGCUGGUUGUGCCGUGCGGGAUGUACGGUGAAGGCAGCCGCUGCUGUGCUGACACUUUUGUUGGGAAAAGUGGCUGCCCGUGCGCAUGCUCACGCCUCUGGAGCUGCACAGGAGGUGAGUGUCGUGCCUGCUGAACUUUCUCAGACCCACUAGCCAUGCCAGGGAUUGUCGUGUUCCGCCGUCGCUGGUCUGUAGGCAGCGAUGACCUCGUUUUGCCAGCAGUCUUCCUCUUCCUCCUGCAUACCACCUGGUUUGUGAUCCUCUCCGUGGUGCUCUUUGGGCUGGUGUACAACCCCAACGAGACCUGCUCGCUUAACCUGGUGGACCACGGCAGAGGCUACCUGGGCAUCCUGCUCAGCUGUAUGAUCGCAGAGGUGGCAAUCAUCUGGCUCAGCAUGCGAGGCAGUAUCCUGUACACAGAGCCCCGGGACUCCAUGCAGUAUGUGCUCUAUGUCAGACUGGCUAUCUUGGUGAUUGAGUUUGUGUAUGCUAUUGUGGGCAUCAUUUGGCUAACGCAGUACUACACUUCCUGCAAUGAUAUCACCGCAAAGAGUGUCACUUUGGGAAUGGUUGUAUGCAACUGGGUUGUCAUCCUGAGUGUCUGCAUCACGGUCCUGUGUGUCUUCGACCCGACAGGCCGGACCUUUGUCAAACUGCGUGCCACGAAGCGGAGACAGCGCAACUUGAGGACAUACAACCUGCGACACCGCCUGGAAGAAGGGCAGGCCAGCAGCUGGACACGCCGACUCAAAGUUUUUCUUUGCUGCACACGGACAAAAGACUCUCAGUCGGACGCCUACUCUGAAAUUGCCUACCUUUUUGCUGAGUUUUUCCGAGACCUUGACAUCGUCCCAUCUGACAUCAUUGCAGGCCUGGUUCUUCUGCGUCAACGGCAACGGGCAAAGCGCAAUGCUGUGCUGGAUGAGGCAAACAAUGACAUAUUAGCUUUUCUGUCUGGGAUGCCAGUGACCAGGAACACAAAGUAUCUGGAUCUGAAAAAUGCGCAAGAGAUGCAGCGAUACAAAGAGGUGUGUUACUACAUGCUGUUUGCCCUGGCGGCCUAUGGCUGGCCCAUAUACCUGAUGAGGAAGCCCACAUGUGGACUCUGUCGCCUGGCCAGAUCCUGCUCAUGUUGCUGUCUCUGUCCCUCACGUCCCCGCUAUGCACCUAGUGUCACCAUUGAGGAGGAUAAUUGCUGUGGCUGCAAUGCCAUUGCCAUCCGGCGCCACUUCUUGGAUGAGAACAUGACCUCAGUGGACAUCGUCUAUACCUCUUGCCAUGAUGCGGUUUAUGAAACUCCUUUCUAUGUGGCUGUGGACCAUGAUAAGAAGAAGGUGGUGAUUAGUAUCCGAGGAACGCUGUCUCCAAAAGAUGCCUUGACUGACCUAACUGGGGACGCAGAGCGCCUUCCAGUGGAGGGUCACCAUGGGACGUGGCUGGGACACAAGGGAAUGGUGUUAUCUGCUGAGUACAUCAAGAAGAAAUUGGAGCAAGAAAUGGUGCUUUCUCAAGCUUUUGGACGGGACUUGGGGAGAGGAACAAAACACUAUGGCCUGAUUGUGGUUGGCCAUUCCCUGGGGGCUGGCACAGCUGCCAUCCUGUCCUUCCUUUUGCGUCCGCAGUACCCGUCACUGAAGUGCUUUGCCUAUUCUCCCCCAGGUGGGCUGCUGAGUGAGGAUGCCAUGGAGUAUUCAAAAGAGUUUGUGACUGCAGUCGUGCUUGGCAAAGAUCUAGUGCCCAGAAUUGGUCUCUCUCAGUUGGAGGGAUUUCGCCGUCAGCUUCUGGAUGUUCUUCAGAGGAGUAACAAACCAAAGUGGCGAAUCAUUGUGGGUGCUACAAAGUGCAUACCCAAGUCAGAGCUCCCUGAAGAGACAGAAGAAAACUCAGUAACGAGUAAUCGCCUCUGGACCCAUCCUAGCGAUCUGACUAUUGCCCUGUCUGCAAGCACGCCGCUCUACCCACCUGGCCGCAUCAUCCACGUGGUGCACAAUCAUCCUGCAGAGCAGUGCUGUUGCUGCGAGCAAGAGGAUCCCACUUACUUUGCUAUCUGGGGUGACAAUAAGGCGUUUAAUGAAGUGAUCAUCUCACCAGCGAUGUUGCACGAACACCUCCCAUACGUGGUCAUGGAAGGGCUCAACAAGGUCUUGGAGAAUUACAAUAAGGGGAAAACAGCUUUACUUUCUGCUGCCAAAGUGAUGGUGAGUCCUACAGAGGUGGAUCUCACCCCAGAGUUGAUCUUCCAGAGUCAGCCCUUACCUAGUGGACCCUCAGUGCAGAUUGGAACUGGAGCCAUAACAGCGGACAGAAGGAACAGCAGUACAAAGAGCAAGUCCCACUCUGAAAUUAGCUUGGAGGGGUUUUAUGAGACAAAGCCACUUUCUCCUGUGCAGAAAGACCCUGUGGAGCUGCUGCUUCUCGAUACAAAGGAACGUCUGUCUGUGGAGCUGCAGGACCGACGCGCUCCUCUUGCAACCAUGGAGAGCCUCUCUGACAAUGAAUCCAUCUACAGCUUUGAUUCAAGGCGUUCCUCUGGUUUUCGUAGCAUCCGGGGCUCUCCCAGCCUCCAUGCUGUCAUGGAGAAGGACGAGACACAUUGCUUUUAUAUAGACCCUGCUAUCCCUGAGGAGAACCCCUCCCUCAGCUCGCGGACAGAGCUGCUGGCUGCUGAUAGCCUCUCCAAGCACUCCCAGGAGACUCAGCCCCCUGAGAAUGCACUCAACAGUGGUGGCACUACCCCCCAGCGACGCUGCAGCGAGGAGGGGGCCAGCAGUGAGGGGGACCGUGUUUCCUUAGCCCCUCGUGAGGAGCUGUCCCUCCAGAACGGACGGCUCACUGAUGUUCCCAGUCCCCAAGUGCUGGAAUUUGCUGAGUUCAUAGACAGCCUCUUCAAUUUGGAUAGCAAAAGCAGCUCCUUCCAGGACAUCUACUGCAUGAUGGUGUCUGAUAGCUCCAGUGACUUUGCAGAGUUGCCCAAGUCUGUCAGUGAUCAGGAGAUCCUGUUGAGGGCACAAUAUGAACCCAACCUAGUCCCAAAGCCCCCAAGGUUGUUUGCAGGCUCAACAGAUCCUUCGUCGGGCAUCUCUGUCUCACCCUCUUUCCCCCUUAGUUCAUCUGGAGAACUCAUGGACAUCACUCCCACAGGCGUGAGCAGCCAGGAGUGCCUGGCCACUGACAAAAUCCGGACUUCCACCCCCUCUGGGCAUGUAACCAGCCCUGCCAAGCAGGAGGACCUCAUGAUUUCAGCCCUUUAGUGCAGGGCAAAGGGGUGCGGCUCUGAGAGCUGAUCCCAUAGGCUGCGUGCUGGGAUAAUACUUAGAGGAGGUGGUCUUCAGGCAGUUCAGAUCGGCGGAGACAGCUGGAAACAUUCCUUCUGGGGUGACAUGGUGGUGGCACGCUAUCUGGAGGAUGGAUUGUGCUCGAGUCCCAUGCUUAUAGCUGGGAUAAGAAGCAUUGCCUCACAAGGCCUGCUACACUGAGAGGGUCUGAGUCAGUAAAGGUAGAUGCAAGUUCCCUACCUCAGCCUGUCUCGUUUCGUAUAAGAGGCAGAUUCCUUGCCCAAGGGCACCUGCUGAGUUUGGGAGUGAGAUGCCCUGCUUCAGGGAGUCCUCUGGGGUAAAGCUUCUCUGAAGCUUGAGGAUUAGAUAGACAGAAGCAAGGGGGCCAGGCCAGAUCACCCCCUUGGUACCGUUUCAGUAGUGUUGGAAAUGAGCGGAUUGAGACUUUGGGCCCUGUUGCACUACCAUGUUGGAUCUGGCCCAAGAUCCAAUUCGUCACACUUCCAUGGGGAUUGCUUUCCUAGGACACACUCUUGUUUUAAAGCCAUUGGGGCUGUAUUCUCCCCAAAUGCAGCCUCCCUUUCCCUGGCCAGGCACAGCAAGAAUCGGUCUGGCACUGUUUUCUCUCCCCUGAGUACUUCUGUGUUCAGUGACCACCAGGCUGCUCCUGAGAGGAAAGGAAAUUGUUCUGAAGAGCCAAAAGCCCUCUGCCAUGUCCCUCCUUUGCUGGAAAGAGUCCUCCUGGAUGCCAUCAUCAUCACUUCUCAGUUCCCUGGACUGCUCUGAGCUGGCGAUGUUCCUACAGGACUGACAGGAUUCUCAUCUCGGAGCUUCAUGGUUGGAUCAACUUAAAAAUAUUUAAAAAGGCUUGUCAGCACCCAGCAUUAUUUGCUAGCUCCCUGCGGAGCCUGGGAGCCUCUCCUGGACCCCGCUGGGUCUUCACAACACCCGUAUGCAGUAAUCACAGAUCAGUGCCAGCCUCUGUCAUUGGGAGUUCAGGGAAAAGAUGAACUUUUACUAAGUAUUGAAAUUUCCUGUAUGUUUACAGAGCUGCUAAGCUUUAUGGAAGGUAUUUAUUAAGCAAACAGGGAGGCUUUCUCUAGGCAAGAAGCAUGUUCAUUCUGUCCUUCCUGUGCCAUUCCCUCUGGCGACUGAGGGGGAGAGAGGGUGCGCAAGUAUGACUGCGAGUCCCCUGCUUUUGAAGUGGAGAAGGGUGUUGGGAGAACCCCUUGGAUCAGAGUCUGGGGGAAGCAGCGUGUCCCUCGCUCGCCCUCCCUUGUCCACCUCCCUGUUGCACAACGUGUUACAAAGCUGGACCAAGUCAUUAGCAAAACUACCUGAGCACUGCUGUGCAGAGCCUCGGUGCACAGAGGAGCCUGCUAGAGCUAUCUAAGCAGUGAAUUUCUGAUGGUGGAAGCAUGAAAGAAGCUACCUAUCUAGAAAGUUAAACAUGCUGUGACCUGGUGAAAUUCUUUAAGUGACAAAACACCUUCAUAUCAAAGCUCAGUGGAGUUACCGGUCAGUCUCACUGGAGCUCCGUCCUCCCUCAAUGGAAGAGAAAAUCCUCUCUUAACUUCCCUGUAAUGCCAGGGAUGUUACUUCCCCCUCUUUAGCUGUGGUGUUUCCAUUGUGGGAGGAUGCCGUGCUUCCCAGGAGCUUGGUUCAUGACACCUCCCUGGGUUCCUGGUAUCCCUCAGCCUCUGGCUACGUUUGCUGAGUGGCCUCUGGAAGCCCCAGGGAUGGCCUGGGUGCCGCACAAGCCAGGCACGAGUGGUAUCAAAUACCAUUGCAUCAGAACAGGAGCCCUUUAGAGGCAGUGUGCGUUGAUGUAAAUGACUUCAGGUGCACAGAAACGAACUGGACUUUGUCCAAGUGCUGAUCUCCCACUCAGUUUAACGUGGGAUACUGUAUCCCCUGCUCCUUUGAAAUUACAGGGCCUCUAGAAUUGCAGGGACUUUGUUAAAUGGGCAGUAAAAUAUUGUCCCUGUGCUUUGGGUUCCAAAGGGGACCUUUUCUAGACAGUCUUGAAUUGGAGGGAAGAAGUCCCUCUGAAUUCCAUGUAAUUUGUAAAAGAAAAUACACUUCAUUCUGAGCAACAAGUUACUUUUUGUUUUGUAGGUCCUUCAGAACAGAGCAGUGCUCCCCUUGCUGAGAGGUUGUAUAGUUCAAGAGCUCACACAGAACAGCUGUGUAAGUGCCAUCAGGCCAUCCACUAUUGCAGACCACAGGGUAAGGCUGAACUGCUGCAGAUAGCCUAGAAGCACUACCAGAAGCACUAAAAAGAUGGUGUCCAGGAAUAUGUACAAUGAACUGGGUAGUUUUGAGGGGAAAGGGAGCUGAAGCAUAGGGAGACUGAGGCUAGCAGGCUAGCUCGGCUCCCGAUGCAGACUGCUGAUGUGCACGUACAGUGGGGAAGAGGAUUCAAUCUUCACUUCUGCCUUUAAUUUUUGGCAGAAGGUGGGUAGUAAUAACACUUAGCACUUCGGCAGAGCAUUGUAUCUGCAAAGCACUUUACAAACAUUGAUGAAAGAAUCAUCUCUGUCCCUGGCAGUGAGGUAUUAGAAGUCUCUCUGAGACUAGGUGGAACUACUGGUGCCCUACCUGAGGAUGGUGGGGAGAUGACUCAAGGUGAGGAAGGUGGAUAACCUCCCUCUUAAGAAAAAGUUGUUUCAGUAGCGACCUGAUGAUGUUUAAUGGGUCGCAAUAUUGCACUAGAAAGUCACUUCUGACCUGGGUACCUCCCUUAUGUCCUGGAAAACACAAUCAUUGUGUGACUGUUUCCUUCUCUGUGCCAUUGGAACUGCGUCCUGGGGGAACGGGGUGACCUUGUCCCAACCAGCUGUAGCAGGAAACAGCUUGGCAUGCUGGAUGUUUCUGUUUUGUGCUCUGUGAUUAUUAGGCUUCUUUUGAAAAGCCUCGAAAUGCCUAAUGCUUGUGACCUGGCCUUGCCAUAUACCAAGGCAGUAAAGGUACAAGAGAGACCUCAAAGUUCUAGUUGCAUCGCAUUAGGGGUGAUUCCCUUUUUCCAUUACUCUAUUGACAAACAGAUCUGUUCCCAGUCCUCACAAAAAGCCCUUGCUAAGUAGUUCCAUGUUCUUUGCAUUAUUUCUGCUUUAAAUGGCUGAGUGUCUUCACUCUUAUCCCUCCUGUGCUGUAGGAUUGUUUGGACAGGCUGGCCUCCUAUUCCAUCCUGACAAAGUAUAUCUGGAAAGGUACAAACGCAUGCUGUAUCUGUAGCUACCUCCUUCAUUCAUAUUGCAUACUACUGUUUGCUUUCUCUGCCCUCACUCCACUCUGAUGUGUAGCUGUCUUUGGAAACACGAAGCUUCCUCAGAUUUCUUAAUCUCGCAGCCUCUGGUUCCUCCUCUUAAGCUUUGUGCCUUUUAAUGUUUGUAUGCUUCCUUGAUAUUUCAGCGGGAUGUUCCACCCCGUGAGGAGGCAGUGCUGGAAGAGCAGUCUGUAGUGCCUGACACGCUGAACCUCAGUAAGACAGACGAUAGUUCACCCAGUUCAAUAGCACAUCCUUACCUCCCCUGAGGUUUGUUGGCAGAGGAGUGGAGCUAAGACCACCAGGUUCCUGGAGAGCAGAGAGUGGGCUUUGUGCACCUUAAAAUCAAAGCAUAGUAAGUGAAACUGUAUACACCAAUGCAGCUUUGUCAAAGAGCCUAGCACAAGCUUUCCACAAUCCCCUGGUGCAGCAGAAUUCAGCUGACUGCAUAAGAACAGGACUUGGUACGUUUGUUCGUGAUGUUCUCAGCAGACAGUAGUGGAAUGUGAUCCCAAGGCCUUGAAACACUCGGGGGCAAUGAGGAGGGCCAUUAGCUAGGUGUCUGUUGAACUCUGUCCAACAGCUUAGGGAACAGCCUCCGACCCUGCCCCGAACUCGCUCACAGCUUGUGAAGGGUUCGGUACUGCUGUCUGAUUUUCACGUCUACAGGCUGCCCUCCCACCCUUUUGGGUGUGUCCAAUGUGGAAGAAAAUCUUUGAUAAUGUUCUAGGAAGUUUUGAUAACCAAGCCCCUAACAUGUAAUGCUGGCUGGCUGCAUUUUUUGAAGGCUCUUCUGCAUCAAUAAUUGCUUUUAUUAUUGUUUUAAUUGCAGUGGUGCCAACAUAGACAGGAUUCUGCUGUGUUAAUACGCACAAGUGCUGAACAAAAGGACAGCCCUUCCCCAAAACCUAGCAUUAUCCCCUCUCCUUCUCUGUGGAGCUUCCCUCUCCAU